AUGGAGUUCGCUUAUAACAAUAGCUACCAUACUAGUCUUGGAAUAGCUCCUUAUGAGGCAUUAUAUGGAAGGAGAUGUAGAACCCAAGUGCAUUGGACUGAAGUAGGGGAAAGAAAACUAAAGGGUCUAAAAAUGGUACAUCAAACUAUGGAUGAAAUCCAAAUGAUAAAGAGUAGGUUAAAAGCAGCACAAGAUAGGCAAAAGAGUUAUGUAGAUUUGAAGAAAAGAGAUAUUGAGUACAAUGUUGGUGAUAAGAAGCAACCUAUUGAGUUGAGAGAAGAUCUAACAUAUGAGGAAGAACCAGUGGAGGUCAUUGAUAGAGAAGAGAAAGUCUUAAGGAACAAAGCAAUUCCUUUUGUUAAAAUUCGUUGGAGCAAUCAUUCAAAGAAAUAA